GUGAGAGACAGCGACGCACAACAGAACUAACAAGCUCAAGCAACCUCAGCUGCACAAAAGACAGCAAUAAAGUCGACAAUCCUCGCCUCGUUGAAAGUACAGCAAGAGCAACAGGAACAUGGCGUCUGCACAAGCAACUCGCGAGCUGCUGCGCCAGGCUGUGGCUGCGGGCAAGGUGCAUCCAACGCACGUGCGGCGGGUCGGUCGCUUCACUUGCAGCAGCAUAGGUUUCGGGGCGUACAGAAUCGGGUCGUCGCGGUGCUUCGAAGCGUUGGAAGCGGCAGUAGACUCCGGUGCGGUCAAUCUGUUGGAAACGAGCACCCACUAUGGUCAAAAGUAUUUUUGCCUUGUUAAAAGAUACAGUAUUUCUUAUUUGGUGUAGUCGUGAUGCGACACUGAGAAAGGAUUGCUUGGAACCGUGGCCCCGACUGCUCCUGGUGUUAGCAAAAAGGUUCCUGAAGAAACGAAGUGACGUUGCAGGAAGAGGACGAUCGAAGACGAUCCCUUCUACAUUACAGGUAUCCCGGGGAAUCGGAAGAGAUGAUUGGCGCUUGCCUGAGGGCCCGGGGGGAGGCGAAACGCAAGGAGUGCGUCGUCGUGACAAAAGUUGGCCAUAUCACUGUGCCAGCUGAAGUUGUGGAAAACUACGGGAUAGCGGCGGACGAAUACGAGAAAUCCCUCCGUUACAAAAACGUCGUACGCCAGAAAUCCGCGGGCGGUGCAGGGCAGCGAAAAUCGGCAGUGGACGAUACAAGCCGCACACAAAAUCAACUGAAACCCGCAACUGAAACGAGUUCAGAGCCACUACCUUCCACCACAUCUGGUGGUUCGACUCCCGAAGAGAAAAACGGCUCCAGCGGCGAUUUGACCGGUAUGGAAAAGCGACGCGCGAACGACGUGAAACCCUUGGAAAGGACGUGGCACUGCCUCGAGCCGGACUUUCUCCUCGAGGAGUUUGACGCAUCCUGUUCGCGGCUGCAAACUACCCCGGAUUUUGUUUUUCUUCACAACCCCGAAUUUUACCUCUCCGACGCGCUGAACCGGGGCGAGCCGUUGCAGGCUGCCUGGGCGGAGCUGUACAAACGACUCGAGGUCGCGUUUGCGACGUUGGAAGCACUGCGAAAAAGCAAGCGAAUCACCGGUUACGGUGUGUCUGGAAACUUUCUCAGCUGCUACCAUUCCGUCACGGGAAGAAAAAAUGCAUUCGAGGCCCUGAGCUUGCAAUCCGUGCUAGGUUGCGCCAUCGACGCGCUCGCACGGAGAGGGGAUGCGCGGUCCGCUGCCGGUGGCGCUGAUACAUCAGCUGGUCAUAGUGCAGCUGCGGAAAUGAACGCGGAGGACCAAAGGUUAUUUCAAGGCACUGGCUUCGUCGGUAUCCAGGCCCCGCUGAACCCCCUGGAGCCCGGGAUCAGACUGGGCCGCCCGAACGUCGUUCCAGGUUUCGACGGGGAGCCCGAUCUCGCCGUUAUCGAGCGGAAUAACCUGUGCUGCCUUGUCAACCGGCCACUGUCCGCAAUUGCGCCACCUGGGAUGACAAUUCGCGCCCACGAUUGGGCCCACGCAGAUUCCUCGGCUGAGUUUGUCGAGAAGCAGAUGCCGAUGCAGAGGCUCUUCGCACAGAUUUUUCGAGAGCAGCUCACUGGUGAAAAUAAAACCGUCCAGGCGCUCAAAUUACAGCAGCAAGCGCUGCUGGUUGCCGCGUCUUCUUCCAAUAACGGUGUGGUUCUGAAUGGCAUGAGAAAGUCGCAAUAUGUGCAGCAGGCCCUUGAGGUUUUGCGGGUUCCCUGCUUAUCACACAAGACGGCGACCGCACUGUACCGCCGCAUGCAGGAACUGGCACUAGAGCUGGGUGGGGACGCCUCUGGUCUGUGGACGUGA